UUCUCCCAUCCCCACGUACCUACUGGGGCAUCACGGAAAAAGCUGCACUAAAAAGUGCCAACAGAUGGUGGGAGGAUGGGCAUCUAAAUGGCUAUAACCUUCCUGGAAAGCAAUUUGAUAUCAACUCCAGUUUAAUCUAUCAGUGAUCUUUGAUCCAUUAAAGCCACAGAUAUAUAGAGGGAGACACGAGGAUUUAUUGAUAAGGGGGUUUGCUGAAGAUUUAUUAAAACAAUAACAACCACUUACUGGUCAUCAAUAAGAAAGUCGUUAAAAAUGACAAAAUAGCCAUAUACAUGUUUACUGUAGGGUAUGCCACAAAAUAUAAUAAUCUUAGCUUCAAUAGAUGAUGUGACAUCCACAUAUAAGUAUAUGUGUGUAUGUAUAUGUACAAAUACACGGGUACACAUAUAUGUACGUAUAAAGAAAAAGAAAAGGAAAUCCACCAAAAUGUUUUCAGUGAUGGUUAUCCGUAUCUCUGGACAGGAGGAUCAUAAGCAUAUUUAAUGUCAUCUUCAUACUUUUCUGUAUUUUUCAAAUUUUAUACAAUGAUCAUUUUUUCUUUUAAAACGCAAGCUGUUUCAACUGCAGCAAGACAGAUGACGAGCGGUGGCAGGUGCAGAGGAUUAGUUGAGAGGGUUGCCAUACAAAGAAAGACAUUUCUUCAAGGGAGGGGGUGGCCUUUUUUGUCCUUCAUUAAAGAAUACAAAAAUAGGAAGAACUUCUACCGGAACGGCAUAGUUACAAAUAGAAAAAGGAAUGAAUAAUGUUACUGUUUAAGUACCAUGACUUCCCUCUCCUCCACGAUCCCACCUAUUUUUUCCCUUCUUUCGAAGAUUCCUGAGUUGAGGGAGACCUGAGAUUCGAAUUCCUGAACAAUAUGACACACUCACCCUGCAGCAGCGACGGAUCAGUCGGCACAGCCUGCAGCUCUGAAUCAAACCUGAGCCUCUCUGUGGGUUAUUUCCCCUGGGACGACACCGUCUCUUAUGAGAACGCCACCUCCUGUGAACACGUGUCUCCCAAGGGUCCUUCAACCCUUGUCCCUCCUAUCCAAGGGACGUGGAGGACUGAGAGUACAGACAGACUCCUGAGGAGACGAGACCAAAUUCGGGACGACCCAAAGCAGUUCUGCAAACUCAGCAUCACCCUGGCCUGGGAUGUUGACAUAGGCUCUAACAAUUCAGACUCCACAGCUAGUUGGGACAUAACUGGAAGGCAUCAGUGGAUAGACAAGUACCCUGAAGAGAACACACAACCGACUCUCAGCAAACUGGACAGUCUAGUGCAAAAGCUUGAGAAAUUUCUAGAAAAUCAGAAAGACGAGGAAGGUGGUGACUCUGCCUUCCCUGGAUCUGCUCAGGAGGAAGAUUUCCAGUUGUGCAGCAGCUCCCCUCCACACAUAGCUCAGGUCAGUCAUCAAGAACAUGAUAGUUGUCAGGACUUGCCCCACGCCUGCCAACAUAAAGGGAUCAUCCAGUUUCCACAGAUUCCUCCAAGACUUCGGGAACAUGAACUUGCUGAGAUGAUAAGCCAGACAACUGGCAGCCAAAGGACAAGCGCUACAGAGACCUCCUCAGUCUCAUCGGGCCAGCCGGAGGAGGGGGACGCUCAUUCUAGCACACGGGCCCUCUCCUGUGUGAACUUCAGGGGGGUCUUCCGCUGGCUAAGGCAGCAAGUCCUCACCUCGCUUCUCAGGAGACCACACCCCGAGGAGGCCACUGAGAGCCCCCAACAGCUGGCACAAAAGAAAAGACUCUCUCACAGAGGCAAGCGAAUCCAACCUCAUGCCCUCGAGUUAAGACACCCUCUAUCGCCAGAUGUUUUAACCUUUUGAUAGCCCCUAUUCUACAAUCCCCAUGAGUUGUUUUCUA